ACCCAAGCCUGAUAGCUCCCUUCUCCGCCACCUGGCAUCAAUACUGAAGUUUACGGAAAGGGAAGGAGACGAAAUUACGUCAAGAAAAUUAGAGAGAGAGGCGUCCUGGUUGUGGUUGGAUCUGAACAACCCGGAAACUACCCACAGAGACGAAACAAGGAGAAAUCGACGUCUAUUGUACUCACUGAUUUUGAUUGCCCCUCUCAACAUUUCGCUACAAACCAUGACUCAGUUUCAUGGCUAUGGUUAUGGUCGUCGUCUUCCUCCUCCUCUUGUGAUCCUCUUCUUCUUCGUCAACUCUAGGUAAAUCCUCCACAGCUUGCUCCCGCUCUUUCCCCCCCCAAUAUGGGCAUUUGGAUUUGUGUCCGAUUCCUUCAAAUUUUUGUCAAUUUUCUGUGCUCUUACUCCCCGACUAUAGUGUCACUCCGGAUCUAGACUCACCUUAACUUAAUUCCAUCAUGUGAUUGCUCGAUUCAUAUUGUUGGGUGUACUUUUCGAAUCAGAAACACCACCCAGUAGAACCAAACACCAACCAACCAUGGUGUUUAAUCGAAUUGCCAAUUUCUUUGCUUCUCUAUCGAGUCGUUGGUCUAGCCCUCAGGCUGUAUCGCCUCCCAAAUCUGCUGCUUUUGCCUUUGCAAACACCGCACGCAACAAGAACCUUCUCAGACUCUCGUCGUCUCUCCAGGAUUUCUCAUCUUAUAGCCAGCUUGAUAUCGAAGAUCCCAAUAUCGCAACUGUGACACAUUCGAAACCCCCUCCUCAUUCAUUGCAGAGAGAGACUGCUGCUGCCUCCAGCUUUUCCAAGGAGAAAUCACUGCCAGGAGGAGGAGGAGGAGGAGCCCCAUUUUCGCGCAACAAGUGGGUACGAGCCUUCAUGUUUCUUUGCUGUGUUUUGUUGGUUGGUUUUCUAGUUUAUUUGCUUUCCAUGUUGGUUUAUUCCUACUGGUUUAAAGGAGAGCCCAAAUUCUAUAUUGUGCUGGAUUGUGGAAGUACUGGGACUAGAGUUUAUGUAUAUCAGGCAACCUUGGACAACGAGAAAGAUAACAGUUUUCCGAUUGUCUUGAAGUCAUUAACAGAAGGUCUUCAAAUAAAACCUAAGGCUCACACAGGGCGAGCUUAUGAUCGGAUGGAAACUGAGCCUGGGCUCGACAAGUUGGUGCACAAUGUCUCAGGAUUGAAGGUUGCAAUAAAACCACUUGUUCAAUGGGCAGAGAAGCAAAUCCCAAAGAAUGCACACAAGACAACCUCACUCUUCCUCUAUGCAACUGCAGGGGUUCGUAGGCUGCCGAGUAAUGAUUCAAAAUGGCUUCUAGAUAAUGCAUGGUCUAUACUCAAGACUUCACCUUUCUUGUGCCAAAGAGACUGGGUUAGGACUAUCAGUGGCCUGGAAGAAGCUUACUUUGGCUGGAUAGCCCUUAACCAUCAUAGGGCUAUGUUUGGGGCUGGACCUAGAAAGCCAACAUUUGGUUCGCUUGACUUGGGUGGUUCAUCACUGCAGGUUACAUUUGAGAGUAAUGAACAUGUGCAAAAAGACACCAGUUUAAACAUUAGAAUUGGGGCUGUGAGCCAUCAUCUCACUGCAUAUUCUCUCCCUGGUUAUGGUUUAAAUGAUGCGUUUGACAAGUCUGUGGGUCGUCUCUUCGAGAGGCUUCCAGAAGUCAAUAAGACAGAACUAGUGAAUGGGAAGGGAGAACUUAAGCAUCCGUGCCUGCAGUCUGGGUAUAAGGAGCAAUACAUUUGCUCUCAAUGUGUUUCGAAAUUCCAAGAAGGCGGAAGCCCUGUGAUUGCAAAAAAGAGUUUGGGCAAAGGAGGAAGAUCAGGGGUUUCUCUGAAGCUCAUCGGUGCUCCAAAUUGGGAGGAGUGUGGUAAACUAGCAAGAGUUGCUGUUAAUUUAUCGGAAUGGUCCAAUAUAACGCCUGCACUCGAUUGUGACGUGCAACCUUGUGCUCUUCCAGAUGGUUUACCCCGACCUUAUGGAAAUUUUUAUGCAAUUUCAGGAUUUUUUGUGGUUUAUCGGUUUUUCAAUUUGACUUCUGAGUCGUCACUUGAUGAUGUUUUGGAAAAGGGUCGGCAGUUUUGUGAAAGAACUUGGGAAGCUGCAAAGAAGAGUGUUGCUCCUCAGCCUUUCAUUGAACAGUACUGUUUUAGGGCACCAUAUAUUGCAUUCUUGUUGAGGGAGGGCUUGCACAUUAUAGACAAUCAAAUCACCAUUGGUUCUGGAAGUAUCACGUGGACACAGGGGGUUGCUCUGCUGGAAGCUGGAAAGACACUUUCAACCGGACUGGGGUUUCGCAGUUACGAAGUACUCCGGAUGAAAAUAAACCCAUUAUUUCUUCUUUCAGUUUUGUUUAUAUCAUUGAUUUUACUCCUUUGUGCAUUAUCAUGUAUUGGCAAUUGGAUGCCAAAAAUUUUCUGGAGGCCAUAUCUCCCGCUGUUUUGGACCAAUAAUGCGUCUUCUGCAUCUGGUAUUCCAUCUCCUUUCCGGUUCCAGCGCUGGAGUCCUAUUAUUCCCGGGGAUGGAAGAGUAAAGACGCCUCUUAGUCCAACAAUUGCAGGUGGUGUCCAACAAAGACCAUUCGGAUUGGGACAUGGUCUCAACAACGGUGGUGGAAUCCAACUAAUGGAGUCUUCCUUGUGCCCAUCAAGUAGCAGCAUCUCCCAUAGUUAUUCGUCAAAUAGCCUGGGCCAGAUGCAAUUCGACAGUAGUAGCAUGGGCCCCUUCUGGUCUCCUCACAGAUCUCAGAUGCGUCUUCAAAGCAGGCGAUCACAAUCUCGAGAAGACCUCAAUUCUUCUCUGACUGAGGCACACAUGACAAAAGUAUAAGAUGUGUUCGUCUGCAAAUUUUUGAUUGUUUUGCAGGGGAAUUGACCUUGUUAACAAGGCUGCAUGUCCAUGGGAUUUGGGGUCAUGUGCACAACAGGCUUCACUGAUUGUAAAAUUAAUCUGGUGCCAAAAUCAUUUCGACCCCCCCAACCCCUCCCUAUAUCUCCAAAGCUUACUUUCAAUCAGGGCUGCGGAUCUGCUGAGCACUACACAUGAGGCGUCCGCGUGAUCUUAUCUUUUUGAUAUGAAUCUGCCUGAUCUGAUCAGAAAUCCAACAAUCUUAACUUUUCAACACUGCACAUAUGUUUCGGAGUCUUUGAUUCACAUUAGCAGUUUUAGCAAAUGUUGACAUGAGAAAUGAUGAAAGAUGAUUUAUAGGCAGCGAUUAUAGCAAGGUGUACAAACAGCCUCUUAUACAUUCAGACGGUGUUUAAAUAAUACUAUUCAUUUCAGGUUUCA